AGGAAAUUAACCUGCAAAGUAAAAUGAAUGGGAAGACAUCGACGUUGUCCACGUACUGUUGUUUAUCGUCAGGACUUUGACGUGGGAAUUCGGAAGGCGAGGGAUUAAAUUUCGCGAGGGAAUUCAGCACCUAGGGAUAUCCAUCAUGAAGGUUUUGGUAAAGAUAUUGCAAGGAAAGGCUUGUGUGGUUGAGAUAUCACCUACGGCGACUGUUCUGGAACUGAAAAACAGAGUCAGAGAGCUUUUGGGUGUUGAUGUACCUCAGCAGAAACUUUUGUUGACUGGAAAAGCACUUGCAGACGAAAAUCCCCUGAGUUUUUAUCCAGGAAUAAAGGAUGGAAUAAAAUUAAACCUCGUAGUGAAGAAAUCGUCCCAAGGACCGAGUGACGAACCACAAGUAACUAAAUGUGGAACAGUUCUGCUUCGAGAAUCAGUAACGAAAAUCCUCAAACACUAUUACAGUGAAUCUGAGACUGAAUCAAUAGUCAAUGAGUUGAUAAAGGAUUUAAGGAAUAAAGUCAAUAGUCUGAGCUUCGACGACCUUGAGAGAUUAGCGACGGCUCUGAUUCAGGAUCAGGAGUCCAUUGGCUGAUGAACAAGUUGGGUAUUAUAAAAACCUGAAGACAAAACGUAACUGAUGUUAUAAUUAUUGAUAAUUUAGUUAAGAACACGGUGUAUGAUUUUCCUAUUUUAAUAUUGAUGCAUUGUAUGAGUCUCGGUCUUUCUUCGGAGAAAUUCGAAUCAUUCGUGUCAUUUAGACGUUCUUCUUGUGAUUUAAUUGAUCGUAAAUGGUAAUGGAUAAUAAAUACUUUUUUUAGAUUA